AUGUAAGACUUGUAAGAUCUACUUGGGACAUCAGAGCAUUUCCAUCCGCUUCAGUAAGUUCUACCAAUCAGGCGAUCAAACUCGAAGCUUUUAAUCUGCCCGACGGACCUAAAACAUAUGAGUGGGAAUGCGCUGGCUGUUCCUGCAACAAAAUACCAUCAGACUUAGUGUAUACCAUUCAAACARACUGCCUGCCAGAUCCAUUUCACUUUGAGAAGUAUCAGGUGUCAGUGAAGUUAGACAAAACGKACAUCGGUACACAAUCCAUAUGUGUGACCCUCACCCCACAGUUAGACACAACAAAUGAAGUAAGUCUCACGUGCACUGAUGGCUGUGACCCGGGCACAGAAAACAAUGAUGCAAAAAUUGAGAUGAAGUGUGCCACAGGUGUGUGUUCAAACAUCAAGUGGUACACCGAGGACCUAAGAAAUGAGGACCAAUGGGACGGCUCAACAAAAGAUUGCUACAAAGCUGCACAGAGAAUUCCUCUGAUUGAUAAUAAAAAUGAAGAAACUGAAUGUAAAGUGAAAAACCAAGACAUCAUAAAUGCCAAAAAACAGAACAAAAAUGUAACUGUUGUGCUAAUCUAUACCAAAUCUAGCAACCUGUAUUACAAAACCUACAUCAUAAAAACUUCAUCAUCAUCACCAUCGGAUAGGUCAGCUGAAGAUCCCAGCAACGAAAACCCCCACCCAACACACCCUUCCCCCACCACAGACAAAACCACCGGUGGUCCCAACAACACUCCGCCUGGCAGCGUCGGUACCACCAGCAGCACCACCUCUGCUGCUUCACCCAUUAAAACCACUUUAAAGACCACCAAGAAACCUGAAGACCUCAUGUGCACCRUAUCACCAAACAGCGGGACUGUUUUUGAUGCUUUCACAAUAACUUGUUCCACAAAGUCGCCUUGUUACAAAUGUCUAUAUUGUUUUAGAGCGAAGGGCAAGCCUCUGCUCUGCAGGAAACACGGUGUCAUAAAGGCCGUGUACCUUCCUCACGGCGACAGCAGCUCAGACCACAACCUGCUCAUAAAAGCAACUGCAAAAGGUUCAAAAAAUACAGUUAGCACCACUCUAACUGUACAGGUUAUGGAUUUCACAUCAAACUCGAACUCAGUGGAUGGUCACAUCUCGGCUGUAGUGAGUGCUGUGGAUCAGCUUAAAAAACAAGGCCUACUGUCCGGAGAAGCAAUCGGAGAACUGUUGAACAAUGUGGCCCAAAACCUGAACGAUCAAUCAGAUACAUUAAGUAAAGAAGAUCGACAAAAGGUCAGAGAGCAUGUACUGGACACACUGAUUGACACAGUAAAUGAAGUUCCUGUCAGCAGUCCAGAGGAAGCUCAGGUGGUCACCAGAGGACUCGUUUCUCUAACUGAGAAAGGCGACGAGCUCAGUGUGGACGCUCAGGCUUCUGCCUCCUUGUUGUUUGCAAACCUCAGCAUAUCUCUGUUACACACGAUGAACAUGAGCUCAGCCGAAGAGGAGGAGRAACUGCUCACUGCAGCCAGCAUCAUCGUGCAGGGAGUGGGCAACAUGUUGCAGUAUUCUUCCCAUAAAAACAUCUCUGAUGCUCUUCUUGAAGCUCUAACCAACACGCAGACCGCACUGCUGAACCUGAAGGAGACGGAUGAGGAGCCAACAGUUAUUGUAGAACCCCACAUUAGUUUAUACGUCAGGAGAGUGACACCAGAGAGKUUAAACUUUGGAUCUUUGAGUAUUUCCAACAGUUCUUCUCCCACAUUUGGUCUGCCAGAACUGCCUUCCAGCCUGUUCCCUUCAGGAGAACCAGUGGAUGUUCGAAUGCUGAGUUUAGAUAAAAACCCGUUUUCCUGGAACGACAGAGGCAAUAUCAGCGGACUAAUAGGCGCUCUGUCGCUCACGACAAUAGAUGGAUCCGGUAUCCCUGUGGAGAACUUAAGUGAAGACAUUGAGAUUCUGCUGCCAAGACCCGAUGGGGGACAAGCGAACACCUCAGUUUUGGAUCUGGGGAACUACAGCACAACAGCCAUAGAUAUCCCCUCCGCUAACAGCACCCUGCUUUUAAAGAUGGUGCCUUCAGAGGAUCAUUUACCUUUCAAAUUGUACCUCGGUUACAUGAAUUACCCCACUGACACAAAUUAUGUAGCRAUGACAGAAAUGCCUCAAACCGGAUCUACGCAAGAGGAGCGAUACACGUGGAUUCUCAAUCCUGCAGAUUUAAAAGGAAAGACUGGAAUCCAUUACCUUGUGGUGAGGCCUAUUGUGGGUCCUGGUAUAAAAUCUAUCAACGCCACGUUAUCURUUACCCCCAUCACAUCCUCAUGCAGGUUUUGGAAUGAAACCCGUUUGGACUGGAGUGACAACGGUUGCAAAGUUGGUGUGAAGUCCACACCGGUACUCACCCAGUGCCUCUGCAACCACCUCACGUUUUUCGGGAGCUCCUUCUUUGUGACUCCCAAUCUCGUCGACCCAUCACGCACCGCUGAGCUUUUCGCGACCUUUGCUGAGAAUCCGGUCGUAGUGUGUUUUGUCGGCGCGCUCUUCCUGGCCUACCUGAUCGUGGUUGUGUGGGCACGGAGGAAAGACAUUCAGGACAUGGCCAAGGUGAAGGGGACUAUUCUUGAGGACAAUGACCCUACGGAUAAUUAUCGUUAUCUUUUAUGUGUCUGCACUGGACAUCGAAUGGGAGCCUCCACUUCCUCUCAGGUUAUAAUAACUCUUCUGGGUGAACAAGGAAACAGUAAGCCCCACCACCUGACCGACCCAAAGAAACCCGUGUUUGAAAGGGGUGCGGUGGACUUGUUUCUGCUAACGACGCCCUACUCUUUGGGAGAGCUGGAGGUGAUCCGGCUGUGGCACAAUAACUCGGGGAGUCAUCCCGCUUGGUUUGUAGGCAACAUUAUGGUCCAGGAUUUACAGACAGAACAGAAAUGGUAUUUUCUGUGCAAUUCCUGGCUUGCGAUAAACUUGGGUGACUGCUGCCUCGACAAACUCUUCCCUGUUUCAACAGAAAUGGAUUUGAAGAAGUUCAGUAAUUUGUUCUUCAUGAAGACGGUAAAGGAUUUCAAUGAUGGACACCUCUGGUACUCUGUGAUUAAUCGACCUCCAAGCAGCACCUUUACUUGUGUUCAGAGGGUGUCGUGCUGUUUCUCCCUGCUGCUCUGCACCAUGCUGACCAGCAUCAUGUUUUACGGGAUCCCCACAGACCCCUCUGAUCAGGUCAUGGAUUUGGGUCAGUUUCAGUUUACCUGGCAGCAGUUCAUGAUUGGAGUCCAGAGUUCCCUCAUUAUGUUUCCAAUAAAUAUCCUCAUAGUUAGCAUCUUCAGAAACACUCGUCCUCGGGAGACGCCGUGUUGUCGGAACAAAACAAAGGAAACAAAAAGCCUUCAGCAUGAGAGCACUUUGCAGACAGUUUCCUCACAGACGGCUACAAAUACUGAGAACAUCAAUUUAGACGUUAUUAUAAAGGAUAUCACAAGAAUUGUGCAUUCGCUCUCUGAGACAGCAAAAAGCAACAUCCCGUUCACUGAGUCGGAGUUUGGACCUGGAAAAGGAACCGAUAUAAAUGGCAUUCUCUCUGAGGUGGAAGACUUCCUCAAACAGAGUUACAAAACCAGUGAUGACGCCCACCCAGAGGAGGGGAUUCAAAAGAAAAGCAACAAAACCCAGCAUUUGUACAGGCAAAUGUGUCAUCUUGAAAAGGAGAUGAGUCAUCUGGGCCCUUCCUGCUUCCCCAACCCAGAGAGCUUCAAUCAGGCUCUGCAACAAGUCCAGGACAUGAAGAGCUUCCUUGGAAACUACCUCCCAAUAACCAGCCAUGUCAACCAACAUGAACAUAAGUCCAGGCCAGCAGAUACUACUUCUGGUGACAGCGGUCGGAAAAAGAGAGUGCGUCGACACGGAGUGCUACCCUGGUGGUUUAUCUUUGUUGGCUGGCUGCUGGUGUGUGCUUCCAGUUUCAUAUCUGGUUAUUUUACGAUGCUUUACGGGUUGAAGUUUGGAAAGGACCGAUCCAUCAGCUGGUUGGUCUCCAUGAUCGUUUCCUUCUUUCAGAGUCUUCUCUUUAUUCAGCCGCUGAAGGUGAUMGGUCUCGCAGUUUUCUUUGCACUGGUAAUAAAGAAAGUGGACGAGGAGGAUUUUCAAGAUGUGGCCUUUGAAAAAGUUGAAAGAUGUCCAGGUGAUCAAAACAGCCGAACAAUGAGCAGAUGGGCUGCUUGUCUGUACGAGCCACCUCCACCUGCAGACAUUGAGAAAAUGAAAAGGAAGAAGAUUUUGGAACAGAAGGCAUUCGCUCUCCUCACUGAGAUCUUAAUCUAUUUGGGCUUCAUGUGGAUGUUGCUGCAGGUGGCUUAUGGCCAAAAAGAUCCCAAUGUUUUUUUCCUGAAUCAGCACAUUACAAACAGCUUCACAGGAAAUGUCCCAGGCAGCAUGGGUCCUCAGGAUGUGUACACAUGGGCCAACACCUCCCUGCUCCAAAACCUGUUUGGACAAUAUCCAGGAUUUAUCACAGAUGGAAACUCCAAACUGGUGGGGAACGCCCGUCUUCGUCAGCUGAGAGUGAAGAAGAACUCGUGUCAGAUUGCUGGCGUCAUGCGUGCAUUAGAGCCAGAAUGUGAUGCUCCGUAUUCAUGGGAGGCGGAGGACACGGGGUCCUAUAAUCCAGGCUGGAACCACACGGUGACACAUAACGUUUCUGCACGCACGUCCAGUCCGUGGAAGUACCAGACCCAAUCUGAGCUCAGGACACCACCUUUCUGGGGCCGACUGCAGCUCUACAAGGGAGGUGGCUUCGUAGCGGAUCUCGGCCCGGAUUUAGAAAAUGCCAGUCGCACACUGGAGUAUCUUUUCAUAAAUAAAUGGCUGGAUGUGUACACGAGGGCAAUAUUUGUUGAGUUCACUGUUUAUAAUGCAAAUGUGAACCUCUUCUGUAUCGUCACAUUCUUGAUGGAGAGCCCAGCUAUAGGAGCUUUUCAGYUCUACAGUGAGCUGCGGAGUGUUCGACUUUACCCAUCAACCGGAGGGCUGUACUUCUUCGUCAUGGCCUCUGAGAUUAUCUAUUUGCUCUUUGUCCUUUACUACAUGUUUCACCAGGGCAAACUUAUGAAGGAGCAGCGUUUGAAUUACUUCAAGAACAAAUGGAAUGUUCUGGAGCUGAGCAUCAUCUUCCUGAGCUGGAGCGCUGUGGCUGUUUUUAUCAAGAGGACGCUGAUUGGAGACCGUGAUAUGACCUAUUACCAAAACAACAAAGACCAAUUUGCCAGCUUUUACGAGACGGCCACGGCUGACUUAACACUUCAGUAUCUGAUCGCCUUCCUGGUCCUUCUGUCCACCAUCAAACUGUGUCGCCUCCUCAGACUGAACCCCAAGAUGAACCUGAUCACAGCUGCGCUGCAGCGAGCCUGGAGUGACAUCUCCAAUUUUCUUGUGGUCAUUGUGAUCAUGUUAGUGGCGUAUUCGGCUGCAAGCAACUUGAUUUACGGUUGGAACCUUUACUCCUACAAAACGUUCACAGAUUCCCUUCUGACCAUCAUCACUUUACAAGUUGGGAUCUUUAACUACGAUGAGGUUUUAAACAGUGAACCUCUUCUUGGUGGAUUACUCUUUGGUUCCUGUAUAAUCCUCAUGACAUUUAUGGUUCUCAAUCUCCUCGUUUCUGUGAUUCUGGUGGCACUAAAAGAGGAGCAAAUUCACCACAAGCCCUCAGAAGAGGAAGAAAUUGUCGACCUCCUGCUGACAAAAAUCUGCGAUUUAUUUGGUCUCAGAUAUAAAAGUGAAAAAGACUCGACGGGGCUYGAUGUGAGCGGCAGCGGUGACCUGGCUCUCAAUAACAGCAGAGAUUCCCUCAACAGCUCCUCAGCUSAUGUCAACAUUUAUCACAAAUCAGACAAGUGAAGCUCAUCUUUGUUUUUCUCUUUUUACUCAUUCAGUUUCUACAUGGUCACCAAGUCCUGCUUUUUUUUCCUUUUUAGUGUCAGAAUGACUUUAUUGGGGUUUAUGAUAUUUUAGACACUAAUCUGUGACCCAUCACAUCGAAAUGAGGAUUAAGUUCAAAAUUGGUAUAUGGAGAAAUAGGCAGUGUUUUG